CGGUGUAGCAAAACUGGCAAUUGUCGACACCUCGACGGAUACCCUCAAGAACGAGCUUCUUAUUAUUAAUAACAGUGAGCUCUUUAAGCAAUGUCACCAAGUCAUUGCAAGCCCAGAAACCUGCUUCCCAGUCCGCUACAACCCGAGAGCCAAGACCGUUGCGACCUAGACGUGUACUCCGUCUUUUGGCGAUUCCACGCGCGGCCCGAUUGGCAUCACCCCGGUCCGGCAACAACCGAAUCCCACUCGUGACAAUCAUUUCCCACGUAUUUUCGCCACGGCAAGACUCGAACCCAGUCAGUUCUUCAGCGAGCGUAAUAGCGGAGUGAUGUUCGAUGGCGAGGGACAGCGCACGCGUCUUCAGUCGGAAGCAAGUGAAAGUCCGUUCAGCGGCGGAAUCUGCAGACACUUGGCAACAAUGUAUACAGACGUGGGGAUGACGACAGUCGAGUGUGUCCGGUGGCUGUGUGGGUGGAUGAUCCUGGUGUACGCGCUGACAUGUUGUGCGUGGUUCGCAUGGCAAGCUUACUCCGUUCCGAUAGUGGGUAUCCUCACGGGGGUCAUUGGUUUGCUCGCAUGUCAGCGGCUACACGAACUAGACUACAAAGCUUACGUACUUGUCUUCAUGGCGUUGAAUUAUGCACAAGUAGCGCAAGUCAUUUAUCUAGCAUUUAUUACACUUUCUACAGAGCUCGCGACGAAAUGCAAAGAUGACUGUGCGAGCACCGAAACCAAGGCGGUCUUCAUUUGGUGA